GCGUUACGGGCAUGGGUACAAUACAACAGCGGACGGUCGUCGAAUCUGGGACACGAGGAGGCCAUGAAACAAGCGAAGAACGCAAUACCGAGCUUCUUGAACAGCAUCGAGUCGAAUAACGUUCGUAUUAUUCCAGGCGCGUUCAAUUCCUCUCCCGAGUUCAUCGCCAUGUUCCAGGCCGAGGCGCUGGUCGCGAUCCCCGUGGCCCUGCUUGCGGUCAAGCAGGCGAUUGAUCGAGUCGGGUCAAGCCUACAGGGUAUUCAACGCGAGCUUACGAUUACCAACAUGGCAAAGAUCCAGGGAUGGGAACAGGAGGGCUUCGGUGCGCAUGUUUAUCGUUUUGUGGAGUACGAGAUGCUCCGAGUUGCAAACGCCCGCACGAAGAGCGGUGAUCAACGGCGGCACUACUUCUACGUCUGGAACCGGGAUACAGACUGGUAUCCAGUCUUUGAAGCGAAGAACCGAGCUUUCCCUCUUGGUUCUGAGUUUGGCGGGUGCCAUCAUGAGCUUGAUACGAUCUGUAUGCGGAUGAGAGCCGACAGGAGGACACUCAUUCAAACUACGUCCCAUGGACGCACGGCGCAGUUUCAUCUCCUCGUUCCAACUCACGAGCCUUAUGUUCUGGAUCACCCUGUCAUAUUCCACGAGAGCCUUCUUCCGCUUACUAUCACGGGCCAGCGGCAUCGCAGUGUGGACCUCGUCUGGUUUAAUCUCUGCUCGAAACCAACGGAGUUACAUCUGCAAUGUAUCGGAGUCUUGGGAGAGAGGAGAAAUACCAUUGUGCAGGCCGGAGCUCUUAGCUUCGCUGGGUGCUGUAUUGGCUUCAUGGCAGCUGGUUGUGCUGCUGUGGCAUUCCCUCCCUGCGCUCCCCUUGCAGAGGCAGCCAUGCUGCCGCUCUGGUCGGGAGGAGUAGCUUCUUGGAGUGCUGUGGCCGGCGCCGCUGUUUACGAGGACGCUAAUCGUGGGGAUCUUUGCGUCCUAGGGGAUGAUUCCAUACUGGUCCAGAGAGAGGGAUAGUGUGC